AUGUCCAUCACUCUCCCCAGCGACUACGGCUACGUCCUCCUAGCCACCACCUCUACCUUCUUCGUCAACAUCGUGCACGGUUUCUUGACCAGCAGGACCCGCAAAGCUGCCGGCAUCAAGUACCCCACCAGCUAUGCCUCGUCUGAGCUGGCUGAGAAGGACCCCCGGGCGUAUGCAUUCAACUGCGCCCAACGCGCCCACAACAACUUCACCGAGAACCUGACCCCCUUCCUUGGUGCCCUCCUCGUUGCGGGCCUCAAGUACCCCGUAUUCGCCGCCAGCCUCGGUGGCGCCUGGUCCUUCGCCCGCGUGCUGUUUGCCAUCGGCUACACCUCUAACGGUCCCCAGGGCAGGAUUGUUGGCUCGGCGCUUGGGUCGUUGAUCAACGUCACGCUGAUCGGUACAUCUGUGUACACUGCUCUAGGCUUUGCCCUCAACUGGUAG